AUGUCUAAUAAGUACAACCUAGUUAAAUGCAAUUGUUCAGUGUACUCUCCCAAUGGUGGAUAUUUUGCUAUGGUCUCCACUCAGACAUGCCAUAGACAUUUUGCUGAUGAUGUGCAAAGAAAUUUUCAAAGACAAUAUUUAGUAGAUAUGGUAAAUGAAAAUGUCAGUGACAUUGUGAAUGACAAUUCCAAAAACAUGAUGAAUGACAACACAAGCAACAUAGAUUCUGAGCCCAAGAGCAAUGUUUUUGAGAUUCAUAAAGACAAUUGGGGUGAUCCAGACACUCAGAUAUUAGAUUUAUCACAUAUAAGAACAUAUUCAUAUUGGGAUAGUGUAGUAGCUAUCAUCUUGUCAGUAUAA